AUGUACACUAUAUUGCCAAAAGUAUGGUCCCGCCCUCCAAAUCAUGUGAUUCAGGUGUUCCGAUCUCCUCCAUAUCAUGUGAUUCAGGUGUUUCAAUCCCCUCCAUAUCAUGUGAUUCAGGUGUUUCAAUCCCCUCCAUAUCAUGUGAUUCAGGUGCUCCAAUCCCCUCCAUGGACACAGAGCUCAGUGACUCUAAGCGUGGUCCCGUGAUAGGUGGCCACCUGGGCAAUAAGUCCAUCCGUGACAUUUCCUGGCUACUAAAUAUUCCACGCUCAACUGUUAGUGGGAUUAUAACAAAGUGGAAGCAACUGGGAACAACAGCCACUCAGCCACCAAGUGGUAGGCCACGUCACAUGACAGGGCGGGGUCAGCGCAUGCUGAAGCGCACAGUGCGCAGAAGUCACCAACUGUCUGCAGAGUCAAUAGCUAAAGACCUCCAAACUUGGUGUGGCCUUCAGAUGAGCCCAACAACAGUGCGUAGAGAGCUUCAUGGAAUGGGUUUCCAUGGCCGAGCAGCUGCAUCCAAGCCUUCCAUCACCAAGUGCAAUGCAAAGCGUCAGAUGCCGUGGUGUAAAGCACGCCGCCACUGGACUCUAGAGCAGGGGAGACGUGUUCUCUGGAGUGACCAAUCACACUUCUCUGUCUGGCAAUCCGAUGGCCCUGUCUGGGUUUGGCGGUGGCCAGGAGAAUGGUACUUGCCUGACUGCAUUGUGCCAAGUGUAAAG